UCCUGGGAUAUGGAGUCCGGCCCCGCUCUGGCCUCGCCGGAGAGCGGCUACGGAGAACUACAACUCCCGGCAUGCAGCGCCAGGAGGGCCAGUCCCCGCCGCGCCUCCGAAGGCGGAAGGGAGGCGGUGGCGGGCGCCAUGGCUGAGCCGGGCGCCAUGGCGGAGCCGGGCGCGUACCGCUGCGUGGAGUGCAGCGGCGGCGCCGAGGAGCUGUACCGGGACUACCAGCGCGGGGUGCUCCGCAUCGCCAUCUGCAAAUCCUGCCAGAAACCUGUGGACAAAUACAUUGAGUAUGAUCCUGUUAUCAUCUUGAUUAAUGCAAUUUUAUGUAAAGCACAAGCAUACAGACACAUUCUUUUCAAUACAAAGAUAAAUAUUCAUGGUAAGCUCUGUGUAUUUUGUUUGCUCUGUGAAGCUUAUCUCAGGUGGCUUCAACUACAGGAUUCAAGCCAAAAUACAGAUCCUGAUGACUUAAUCAGAUAUGCCAAGGAAUGGGAUUUUUAUAGAAUGUUUGGUAUUGCUUCUUUAGAACAAACUUCAUUUUUGGUUGGCAUCUUUAUUGCCUUGUGGUGGAUGAGACCUGAGAUGCUAAAAUCCAAGUCUGACUUCAUUUUACUUCUCAAAGCACUGCUGUUGUCUAGCUAUGGAAAACUUUUGCUAAUUCCAGCUGUUAUUUGGGAACAUGACUACACGCCUUUGUGCCUUGUGUUUAUAAAAGUAUUUGUCUUGACAUCAAACUCUCAGGCAAUUAGAGUUACGUUGAACUUGAACCGAAUGCUCUCUUGGUUGGCCAUCGUCUUUGGAUUAAUUUUGGAAAAUGGUGUGGUUUGCUUGUUCCAUAAAAUGGGAUGGGAUGUUUGAAAUAUCAGCUCAGACCUAAGGAAAUGCAAUAUAGUGAUCGUUUUCUGAGAAUGAUCUCUGCCAGCAGCCUCCGAAGACACUAUUUUUAUAGUGAUGAAGAUGAUCGAUAACAAAAAUUUUCAUUAGUGGUGUGAGUAGACUGUGUUAGGAUGAGUUUGAAUGAGAAACUUCAGAAGGUGUGCUGUUUAAUUUGAUGAAUCAUAAAACUUCAGCCUUAGUUUUUCACAUUAAAAAUAUGAAUGUGUCACUAUCCUAAUAGCUUUAUAAUGCUGGCUGUAUAGCUAUGGCUGUAAUAAAAAAAAAAAAAAAAAGGUACACUGAAAAAAUUCAUCACUGCUAACCGUCACUGCAUUUUGGCAGGAAGAUGGGGAUGAAUCCUUCCCUUAAAAGGGAGGAAAAAAGUCAGUGGAAAAAUGUAAAAGGCAAAAUUGUUCAUUUCUCUCUGAAAAUCUGGUUUUGUGGAAAUAUCACAUACGAACAGAUUUUUAGAGAAAAGGCAAGUAUUACAGAUUGAAACUGCAGUGAAUAAAUUAAGUUGCAUUCUCUUGAGUGCUUAUAUAACAAUCCAAAAUAAUAAAAUAUUUAGUUCUAGAAUAAUCUCUAGGACGUAUAGUUUUAAGUGGCUUUGAAUUUUAUGUGAUCUCAUAAAAAGUGAAGUAUGAGGCUGCUCAGCAAUGCUCUUUUAUGGAGUAUUAUUUGUUGAAAAAGAAACAAGGUUUAGACUGUAUUAAUAAAAAAACAUUUAUAGAAGUUCUGCAUUUUUUUCCCUAACAGGCAAGGAGAGUGCUAGAUGACCCACAAGAACUGUUUUUCUUGAGGCAGUAGUUAGGACACUAAACUUACUCUUCUGCAGACCAGUUUCCAUGAUGUUUCAUCCAGUGUUUAAUUUUCCUGCUUCAAUUCUAGAAGGCUGUACUGUCUCAGGUACUACUUCCCUACUUCAUUUUUCCCACGUGCAGUCUCCUAUCUCUGUUUUGGAAAAUGCAUUAACAAAAUUAACGUUUUGCAACAUCUUCAAUUUGAACAGGUUUAAAGUAAAUCUUGAUUAUGACCACAGAAGACAUCAGACUCCUUAGAACCCUUGCAACAACAGAAGCCAUGUUAAGUUACUCUGUUAGAAAAGCAAAUGAUUCCUAAUUCUUUUUUAAUAGGUCAGAGAUUGACACCUCUCACAUACGAUUUGUUAAAUUUGUCAUCUUUCUGAGCAUGUGACAGUGA